CACACAAGAUGCCAGUGAAGCCUUACGUAUAAGGCGUAUAAAAGCUUACUUCGCGUACGUCUAAGCCAGUUUGAGCCCAGCAUCUGUCGAGACAUAACGCAGCUAUGCAGCGACUUACUCUGUUCGUAUUUGCCGCAAUCGUCGUGGCCAUGGCUAUGGCAGCUGGCCAGUAUUACGUACCAAGGUCAUAUUAUAUCAUUGAUGCUGAGGGCCACGCUUCUCCUCCAGUGCCACUAAGAAGACUGCGUCGCUCUAUCGGUCCGUAUCCCUAUGGUUAUGGCAAUUCCGGUGCCAGUGCCUCUGCCAAUGCUAAUGCCAAUGCCAGGGCGAACGGCUGGGGUGGAGACGCGAACGCUAAUGCCAACGCAAAUGCAAAUGCUCGUGCUGGCUCCGGAAAUUGGGAUCUUCCCUUGGGCUCUUCCUACGGUGCAGCAAACCCUGCAGCUUUAAGUUCGGGGCAGACUAGACGUCAGUUUGGGCCGGUGUUCGGCGGGAGAGCUGUCUCUGCAAGCUCUUCAGUCGGCCUUGACUCCACUGGAAAUGGAUAUUAUGACCAAGAGGCAUCGGUUUCAAAUUAAUUGUAAAUAACGCGAGCAAUACUAUUAGAUUAUAAAAUUUUGUUAGAAGUAGACACGAAUAAAAAGCUUACUAUCACUAUAUUUGUAAGUUGAUUAAUAAUCGUAGUGGAUGGAUGAUAUUUUAAAUUAAAUAAAAUUGUUAUGUAAUAAAAA